UCCUUGUUUCCGUCCAAACCAGGCUCCUACUCUCUCUCUAGCCCCCUCAUCUUACCGUCACGGCGCGUCCCUGUCUUUCCCCGUCUCUGACGCAAACUAGUACCUAUAAUAAUUGCACUCGCGCUCGUUUAUUUGCCGGCUGUUCCAGGCGAGAGUGUCCGGUGAUCAUUCGUAAAAUCAAUGGCCGCAUUAUCCACGCGUUAAUUGGCGGCGUCUGAAUUUUAUCUUUUUGGUGUGCUUUCCCGAAUUGGAAGAUUUUAUCCGAUUUCGUGACGUUUUGAUUUGGAUAAGCGGUUUGGAUUUUCUGCUAGUAGGUUGUUUGUUUGUCGCUCCCAAGCCUGCGCGCCUUAAUGCUUCUGAGAAUUUUGUUCUGAGGUGCUUCCUUAACCAACGUACAGAACUUUAGUUCCGCGGAAAUUCUGCAGUCAUUAGCGGUUGAAGGCUGUCGUGACUAUGUAGAUUUGGUCUCCUGCCAUUUUUUAUAUGGUCGGAUCUUGGAGAUACCGACUGUUAUGAGUUGGAGACGGCAAAAAAGGAAAGAAGUAUUUCCAGAUUUAAGCCACAUUUAGGGUUUUUUUGCCAUUUCAUUUCAUCUCGCCUUUUCUUUUCGAGCUCUGCAUUGAUCGAAUUGGGAGAGCAAUCGAAUCCUCCAGAUUUAAGCCACAUAGGUUGAGUUUGGCUGGUUGUUAGUGCGCUGAGUGGAGGAUUGUGAAAGCAUUGGUCCGAGUGAAGCAGGGUUGAGGGGAGUGAGAAGAAGUUCGUAGUGCAUAGAGAUCAGCAUUGGGAAGGCUGAUGGGCUUGAAGACAUUUGGCGAGGGUAGGGUUGAGAAGCUGAGAAAUUCUAUGACGGUAUCCUCAAGGUCGAGAAUGAAACUGUGGCUAAUACGUGCCACAACGUCCGUUUUGCUAUGGACAUGCAUUGUCCAGUUAACUGCUUUGGGUGACAUGUGGGGGCCUAGAGUUUUGAAAGGGUGGCCGUCCUGUUUCACUCAGGAGUCGGCGAUCAGGGUAUUGGAUACCGAGUUGCCUGCUGCGCGUCCCAGAGUUCUUCCACCCAAGAGAGUUUAUAAGAACAACGGUUACCUAAUGGUCUCAUGCAAUGGAGGAUUGAACCAAAUGAGAGCAGCGAUAUGUGACAUGGUAACCAUUGCAAGAUAUUUAAAUGUCACACUUAUAGUCCCUGAACUGGAUAAGACCUCCUUCUGGGCGGAUCCCAGUGAGUUCCAAGACAUAUUUGAUUUGGAUCAUUUUAUUACAUCCUUGAGAGAUGAGGUACGAAUAUUGAAAGAGUUGCCGCCUAGACUCAAGCGGAAAGUGGAACGUGGGAUGAUUUAUAGUAUGCCACCAAUUAGUUGGUCUGACAUAUCUUACUAUAAGAAACAGAUUCUACCGUUAAUUCAAAAGUAUAAAGUUGUCCAUCUUAAUCGAACUGAUGCUCGAUUGGCCAAUAAUGGCCAACCUUUGGAGAUUCAGAAGCUGCGUUGCCGGGUUAAUUUCCAUUCUUUGAGAUUUACUUCUCAGAUAGAGGAAUUGGGCAGAAAGGUGAUCAGGCUUCUAAGGCAAAAGGGUCCGUUUCUGGUACUUCACCUGAGAUAUGAGAUGGAUAUGCUGGCAUUUUCUGGCUGCAAUCAAGGUUGCAACAGUGAGGAGGCGGAAGAGUUGACAAGAAUGAGAUAUGCCUAUCCGUGGUGGAAAGAAAAAAUCAUUAAUUCUGAUUUGAAAAGGAAGGAUGGUUUGUGCCCUUUAACUCCUGAGGAGACCGCCCUUACACUUAGGGCUCUUGACAUUGAUCAAAACAUUCAAAUCUACAUUGCAGCUGGGGAGAUAUAUGGUGGUGAAAGGAGGAUGGCAAGCCUUGCGAGGGAAUAUCCAAAAUUGGUCAGGAAGGAGACACUGCUAGAACCAUCUGACCUCCAGUUCUUCCAAAAUCAUUCAUCUCAGAUGGCAGCAUUGGAUUAUCUUGUCUCCUUAGAGAGUGAUAUCUUUGUCCCCACGUAUGAUGGUAAUAUGGCCAAAGUGGUUGAAGGUCAUCGCAGAUAUCUUGGAUUUAAGAAAUCAAUCCUAUUGAACAGAAAGCUUCUAGUUGAUUUGAUAGAUCGGUUCAACAAUGGAAUUCUGAACUGGGAUGAAUUCUCAUCAGCUGUGAAGGAAGCUCAUGCCAAUCGCAUGGGUAGCCCAACUAAAAGGUUAGUCAUCCCCGACAGGCCCAAAGAAGAGGAUUAUUUCUAUUCAAAUCCAGAGGAGUGUUUAGGAACAUCAGAUGAACGUUUGAGUAGUACGUGAGUAAUAUGUUUGGAAGACGGUGGAAUUUCUUGUUCGCUCUGGUGCCACUUGGUUUUGUCCUCGAUGUUAAGAAUGUUUUCUGCACAGUUUUGGCGAAGACAGCUUUUUGUAUCAAAGAGGCAGUCAAUGGUGACUGUCAAGGGGGAUAGACUUGGUGAGAAGCUCCUGACUACUGAGGUGGAGCAAAGCAGCUGGGCAAUACCUUGUUAUAAUAUAGAUGCAAAUAAUUCAUCACAUUCAUGUAUAGAAGCUACCCUGCCAUUACAGGGAAAGGGCUGAUCAUACUGCUUUGUACGCGGAAGAAAUACAUGCAGAUUUGGACUUCUGGAACUGCGGUUUGUGGUUGAAAGCUGGAUUCCUUGGUUCCUUUUUUCUUUCCCAUAUCCUCAUAUAUAAAUUUUGUUUCGGGUUUCUGCGCCUUCUUCUUCUUCUUUUUUUUUAACCACCAUGGUCUUUGCAUUUUCAGGCUUAUACUCAGUAUAAGAUUUGUGUUUGGGUAGAUUAAGCUUCCAGUUACUCGUUUUUGGUCUAUUAUUGAGGGAAUAACAGACUGGAUUAUCAAUCAUUGAUCACGCAUUGUAUGUAGGUAAUGACGUUGUAUUGACUUGUUCGAUUUUUUGUCCAAUCUUAAUUGGCA